AUGGCACACCAUACUGACUUUGGGGGGAGUGGGCCAGCUAAAGAAUGGAUCCUGGAUCCAGAGACAGAAUAUCGGUUUGAGCUUGAUCCUGGCACGUCUCUCGCAAUCAAGCUUUCUAAAGGACAUGCAGAAGUUUAUGGGGCUGAGUUGGCGGAGGGUAAAACUUAUCUCUUUGGCAAGGAGUGCAAGGCAGCUGUCUUCACCUGGCAAGGAUGUACCAUUGAGAUGAGUCAUCCCUCCACAGAGUAUGUAUCAGAGGAAACGCCUAUGUAUGCGUAUGCCAACGUUCAUAUUGCACUUGAGAGCCUACGCGUGCGCGCCUUACGCGCCUUACAUGGUUCGCCUCCCCCUCCCGGGGUGGAGGAGAAUGGAAAUUCGUCUGAACCCCCGCGGGUCCUGAUCAUGGGUCCCGAGAAUUCUGGAAAGACAAGUGUGUGCAAAAUACUCACGAACUACGCUGUCCGUGCUGGGCAGGGUUGGGCACCUCUAUUAGUGAACACCGAUCCUGGUGAAGGUGGCUGGUCUGUUCCAGGUACCAUAUCUGCAGCUUCCGUUCACUCCCCUCUCCCUACUGCAUCUCCUGCAAGUCCACUUGGUACAGCCGCGACUUCAGCACCCACGACGCUCGACUCUAACGCCUUGUUACCUUUGGUAUAUUGGUAUGGUCAUGAGGGGACAAAACGCAACCCACUACUGAUGGACCGCCUCAUUCGCAACCUGGGCGAGAAUGUCACUGCACGCCAAGAAGCAGACCCUGAAGGAUGCGUGGCCGGGAUCAUCGUCGAUACACCGUCGUCUUUUGCGUCUUCGCCGAGCUCAAUGGGCGCAGAUCAUAGGCAUAUGCUCAUCAAGGCCUGCGUAGAUGCUUUUCGAAUCAACACUAUCCUCGUGGUUGGACACGAAAAGCUGAACGUGGAGAUGCAACGCACGUACGGGAACCGUAUGGCGGUCGUGAAGAUACCUAAAUCCGGUGGUGUCGUUGAGCUCGAUGCAGCCUAUCGUCAUCGGAUCCAUGCCUAUCAGAUAUACAACUAUAUGUAUGGACCCCCUCUCGAGCGACCUCCAGGGCUCCCGCCCAACGUCAACGCUACCGCCGGUGGCGAAACUGCCAUGAAUAUGCAUCUUUCACCCAGUAGCUCCAUCAUCGGCUUCGACGACCUCACUAUCUAUCGCAUAGGAGAAGAAACGAUGGCUCCAUCAUCAGCCCUACCUAUCGGUGCUACGCGUACAGUAUCCGAGAUGCAGCCCGUUCGUGUCGACCCGAGUUCCCCUGGGUCUGGCCUGCUCAAUGCUGUGUUGGCGUUGCUUGCACCUCCCCAUCAAGACGAGGCUGAGAGAUACGACGAAGAGGUGUUAGACUUGCAUGUCGUUGGUUUCCUGGCAGUUACGAAUAUCGACAUUCAAAACCGUAGGAUGACGAUUCUUUCGCCGAGCUCAGCGUCGUUGUCUGGACGGACGGCCAUUAUUGGUUCUUUCGAGUGGUCAGAGCAGUAG